AUGCUUCCUGUUUCGGACAAGAUUGCACCGUUUGUGACUUUUGUGGAAUUGGCACUUGCAAUGGUUGCCAUUAUGAGAGCAUUGAGAGUAUUUGGUCAUGAUAUGGAAAACUUUAAACGAGAGUCUUUCUCAGGUCUCAAUUCAUGGAUGUUCUUUGCAGCAAAGGAUUUGAUAAGUUUAAUACCGAUCAUAUUCAUCUCCUUGGCAUUCACAACUGGUCUAUUUAUUGCUCGUCCUCAAGCAAGCUUUGGAAUUUACUAUCUCACUUCGAUCUUGACUAUUUUGACUUCGUUUCCAAUAGGAUACAUGAUUUCAUUCUUUUGUUCUCCUCAUACUGCUCAAUUAGCCGCAACGUUGGUCGUACUUUUGUUGUAUGCUGUCUCUGGAAAUCAACCAACUCUUCCUGAGAUUGAACGACUGCCAUUUCCAUUUUCAUAUUUUCAUAUUUUCACUUAUUUGAGAUUUGUGAAGGGACUUUUGUAUAUGGUUGAAAUUGAAACGAGAGGACAAACAGAACAUAUUGAUUCUGCUUUAUUUAUCAAUGGAUAUGAAACUGAAUCUGUUGCUUAUUAUUGGUAUGCCAUGAUCUUUUGGUGUAUCCUCUUUCGUGUGUGUGCUGUAUUUUUAAUGUGGCAAUUGAAACCUCAUUCAUUACUGCAUCGAGUGAUCACACUGAGCAAAAUUCUUGGAGGAAAGAUUGUACAAAAGUUAAAAGUGCAGCAACUGAAAUGA